AUGCAUCCACAUCUGGUCGGUGAGAGCAAGUUGCAGCACUGCGCUCCCCUCAUCCAAGCUCUCAAUGAAUGUCACGCCAAAGGCUUCUGGCACAAGAUCACCGGAGGCUGCAACGGCAUCAAGCACGACCUCAACAUGUGUCUCAGACAAGAGCGAGUCGAACGCACAGCGACCCACGUAAAGGAAUCAAGAGAGAACCGCAAAAAGACCGAGCAAAUAUGGAAGCAGAUUGACCAAGAGUCGUAG